CAUGGGUCUCGCUACAAGAUUCCCACCCCCAGGUUCGCCUGAGUCGCAGGCACUCCUUAGUCGCCAGUUUGCAUCAGCUGCAGCGUCUCGGCUCCAGAUUCCCUUCAUUUGUAGGCUUGCGGGGGCUCCGGGUUCCCGACUGCAGCAGAUUCGCCUCGCUCGCCUGGCUCCGCCCUUGCUGGGCUCACGUUGGGUGGCGGCGUGCGUGGGAGUCGGCCUGGCGGACGCGCAGCGGGCCUCAUGGCUGCCGCUGUGUCUGCGGCCGCUUACCCUGACUCGCCCGUGGAGUUACCUGCUCGGCUGCAGAAAGGCGCGAUGCGGCGCCGUUUCUGGGGCGUGUUCAACUGUAUGUGCGCGGGCGCGUUUGGGACUCUAGCCGCCACGGCCGCCAAGCUGGCCUUCGGGAGCCAGGUGAAUAUUGGCUUAUGUGUCUUAGGCAUUAUCGCCAUGGCAAGCACCAAUUCUCUGAUGUGGACCUUCUUUAGCCGGGGGCUCAGUUUCUCUAUGUCUUCGGCCAUUGCAUCAGUCACAGUGACUUUUUCGAACAUACUUUGCUCGGCCAUCUUAGGCUACGUGCUGUACGGAGAGUGCCAGGAGAUCUUGUGGUGGGGAGGGGUAUUCCUCAUCCUCUGUGGACUCACCCUAAUCCACAGGAAGCUUCCACCCACCUGGAAGGCAAGCAAACAGGAGUGAUGACAGUCGGUUGCAUAGACUGGAUUUACCCACUGUAAAGACAGCCAUGAUGCCCAGCCAGAGGUUGAAAGGUCGGACUGCUUCCGGGGCAGCCUGGGAAUGCAGCCCUUGACUGUCAACUACAGGGAGAUGCUGGACUAGCCACUGGCCUCUGACCGCCUCACAGCCUGGAAGGGUAAAGCGUCCAGCCCAAGUAAGGGGAAGAUAACCACUCCAGCAUGAGGCCCGAGUCCUUCAUUGUUGGUAUAGAGCCUUGAUUCUUGUGCAUCAGGGAGUCCUGGAAGACUCUGUGAUCUUGGGUUGCAUAGCAACAUGGCAGGUACCUGAAGAAAACAUGUGAUUAGAACCCUGCCCUUCACGGACCCCAGCAUUGGCAGCUGGCAGGACUUCCUAAAAAUCAACAAACAUGUAACGUGUCAUUCCUUAGGUGGUCUGUGAUGAAUCCACAGCAAAAGAAGGGAGCUUGGGCUAAUAAACACUUGUAGGUUAAAGCUA